AUGUUUAGGACUUUGCCAAGUCUUCUCGUUGGGCCUUGGUCGAAUUACAUUGCAGUUCUACUUGUAUGCCACGGGCAGUCGGCACCAACAGACCGGAGGAGGAGAUCGGGAUACGGAGCGGUAAUGGGUACGGUCUCAGAUAUAUUGGCCUUGCGAAGCAGGCGAUUUGUUUAUUCAGCGACGCGUCGUGGGAAACACCUUACCGAAACGGAGUUCGAGGAUCAACUAAAGGUUGCGAUAGCGCGCACAAAGCACAACAUGCGACUGGAGGGCGCGCUUGGAUGGAUUGGCAAAGCGACUAAAAGAGGGAGGAUUAGCGGGGGCAAGACCACCGUAUGGGGUAGCGUCCCGGAGAGGUUCUCUGAAUUCACUGUGUUUUUUCAUCUGCCGCACGAGGUGUCUCCCGGGCGUAUGCACAACUGGAUGAAAAUUCAGCAAUCGGGGUGGGUUGUUCAAGAGUAUGGUCGCGAACAGAGUGAAAGCGCGGAAGAGUUUUUUAUAUUUCCCUUUGUGGAGUGGGAUGCUCCCCACCGGGGGCGCAAGUUUAUAGGGCCAGGUUUGUUGAUUAACUCUGGUAUGGCAUGUGUGCGAACUGAGCGGAACGGCGUAUCUGAAGAAGAGUCUGAUCGUUGCACCGAGGGCGAAGACAGUAAGGAGACUGAGCGAGGAGAGUGCAGGAAUGGUACCCAUUUUCCGUCUCAUCCGAAAACCAGCACGAAGCGUGGUAGGAGUCGCUGCAGUCAGAAGAGAAAAGUUCAUCAAGAAGUUGCCAAGCCGAGUAGCGCUGAUCGUUCUUCUGAAGCGCUAUAUACACGGCGGAGGAGUACAAGCUCGAAGUCUGAAGAUACAAUCCAUGUCAAGGUACCUGCUGCAAGCGGGGAGCGGUGUUGA